AUGGACUCUUACCGUCCCGGUUUCGAUCGAGGCGAUCGAGGGCGACGUGGGGUCCCGAGCAGCGAUUCUUAUCGGCCUCGUCAGUUCGAUCACGAUGACCCAUGGCCACCGCGCAACAAUCGUGAUGACAUGUUUUACUUUACUGCAGGCGAUGAUCACAACCGCAACCGCAAUGCUCGUGGAGGAUCCGCUGCCAGAGCAAGAUCGAGACGUCCACUUCCACCGCCGGCUACUCUUCGUCGAGAUAAUCGAGAUUGGGAUCAGACUCGAAAACCCCACCAUCCCUCUCACCCUGCUAAGGUCUCUGAGCGGCCCCUGUUACGCAUGGCCCAGGACACAGUAGAAGACCCUUCCCUACUUCAGAACGGCUCAGGUGUCAAGUUUCGCGCAGUUGACGAUCUUACAGACAGCGAGGAAGAAGAGAUGGCACAAUCUGAAGACGAAGAUCAAGGUCGCGCGAAGCGCAUUCGUACCCAGCACGGAGAUACAGACGCUGCGGCUGUGCCCAAGUGGUCCAACCCUGACCCUUACACGUCACUUCCUCCUGUACAGACAGGCGAAUCUGCCAAGCGGACAGAUGUUCUUCGUUUGAUUCGGAAGGCGCGUCUGGACGCUGACAGCACUACCCAAAUGGUCUCCCAACCGGACGAUUACAUUUCUUUUGACAUCGACAGUGAGCCCGAGAAGCCUGAAGUCGUGAUCGACAUGGGCACUCUCUACUCUCGUGCACGUCCCAACGUUGACGGUACAGACAGCCACACUCCCGACAGUGAAGGGGCAGCUUUGGGAAAGAGGAAGAGAGGCGACGAAGUGGGACAUCAAGCUCAACGAAAGCCACUGAGACCCUCUCCAUAUUCGGACCGCUGGGUUCUGAAGGACUGGAUGGCUCCAGUUGGUGGCAAUGCAGCUCCUUGGUUCACUACCCAUCAACGCUCAAUCUUCCCCGGUGUAAUGCUACACAAUGAGAUCGUCAACUUCUACGAAUGGAUCCAACCCCAUGAGUUCGAGGAGAGAGUCCGAUCUGAGGUCUUCCAACGAAUUUCACACGACUUUUCAAAAUGUAUGCGAGGAGAGUUGAGAGCGUUUGGCUCUUAUGCAGCUGGUCUCUACUUGCCAACAGGUGACAUGGAUCUGGUCUUCCUUACUCUGCAGCAUCGUCCAGGCGUGAUUCCACUCAAAGGAGACGCUAAAUACCCACUGCGCACGUUCGAGAAGUUUCUGCGGACGCGGAAAAUUGCGGAGCAGGGUUCCAUUGUGGCCAUUCUCUCUGCAAAAGUACCCAUUAUCAAGUUUGUUGAUCGUAUCAGUGGUCUCAAAAUUGAUUUGUGCGUUGACAAUGACUCGGGCUUCACAGCCAUUGAGACGGUCAAGAAGUGGAAGCAAGAAUACCCUUUGAUGCCUCAUCUCGCGUCAAUAGUCAAACAAUUCUUGAUGAUUCGAGGUCUGAAUGACGUAGCAACUGGUGGCUUGGGUGGGUUCGCUACUAUCUGCCUGGUCACAAGCUUUAUGCAACUUUAUCCUCGCCUCCACGCAACUACGGGACAAGUUGUAAAUUUGGGCGAAUUACUUCUGGAAUUCUUCGAUUUUUACGGUAAUGUCUUCGACAAAGAAAAGGUUGCUAUCCGACUCGACCCGCCGGGCUAUGUCGAAAAGGCUUCUAUGCGUCAAGUCUUCGGUGACAAGAAAGGACGUUUGACAAUCAUCGAUCCAAAUCGACCCGACAACAAUAUCUCAGGUGGUACACGAGACAUCCAGAGAAUCUUUCAUGCCUUCUCAUUGGCCCAUAAAGGUCUUCUUGAGCGUCUCGGUACCGUGGAAGAACUUGGACCGAAUGAGGAGCCUAGGAGUUUCCUGGAAUACAUUGUCGGUGGUGACUUCAGUUCUUUUGAUCGGCAAAGACAGAUUCUGCGUGAUUUGUAUGACGCCAGCAAAUAUGUUGAACAAGCUACCUCAAGUCUUCCACCACCACCUCCGCCCGCCGCCAGCUUACCUUCCGUCCCGCCGCCACCGCCACCGCCACCGCGGGCUCCCCCAGCAGCAAAUCUACCACCGAAACCCGUUUUCGCCAGCAUCAACGGUAGGGCGUUGAAUGGAAAGGCAAACAUCAAUACCCGCUCUGCUGAUCCCAUGGAUCCCCCAACGAAGCAGAAAACCAAAGCUCAACGACGAGCCAACCGUUUAAAGAUACUACGUCCUGAUUUAGCAUCUCAAAUUGGUGCUACAAUCUCUUCACUUGCCGCGAUGGAACUGGGUGGCUACAAGACACCAGAAGAUAUGACGAAAGAUCUCGCGGCCAGAGAGACUGCUGCUGCCAAGAAGUCUGGCGCAGGAAAGAAGAAAUGA